AUGCAACGGAGCUUGGACAUCUUCGUCGCCAGUGUGCCACCAGGAUUGCCGCUGUCGAAGCCAAAAGUAAAGCUCACAAGUCUAAGACGCUCCUGGCUCGCAAAGCCGUCCUCCAACCCCUCCCAACAUGCACGCGCUGUCGACGAACAUCCCGCUUCGACUGGCGUCGUCGGACAUCUUCUGACUCAAUGCACCAGUCAGACAACCCCAACUAUUGCCCCUCUGUUCGCCCCUGCUUCAACUCUCACCGCAUCCUCUACGAUGACUGCCCUCGUCGCCAAAGCCCAGUAUCCUGUACCCCACUGCCGUCUAUCGCCACCAACCCCAUCUUCCCUGCGACGACACUUGCGACGACGAUACCACCACCACCACAGCUUUCACUCCCUCCACCGACUAUAA